GCGAUGGUGCACGAGUGAGACACAAGAAACAAUUCGCCGAGGAUACAAAAAGAAACACAGUGAAUGUCGUCGUCGAAGAAUUCCGCUUGUCGUCAUCGUCGUUCUAACCUAUUUCCCGAAACGUUGUACUCUUCAUUCUGGAAUUUUCCGACGCGCUGUCAAUGGUUGUUUGCCAACAUUGAUUCAACAUGAUGCCAUGUUCCCACAAACGUUGAACGGAGAACCGCGCAAAAUUGUGAGCAUGGCUGACGAAGUGUUGCCGGCGAGUUUGGAGAAGCUCGAAAUUGAUCGUCUAUCCUCGAGUUGUCCUCAUAUUACACCUACUGACAAAACGAAAUCUCCAAACCCGUUUAGAACAGCAAGUAAAAGCAUCGGUUCUGACUGCAGUUAUUUAUUUCAAAAAAGGUCAAUGCCUGUUAGGCCAACGUUAUCCACAAUCAGCCCUAGAGGUGUAAAAAGCACAACGAACUUCAAACCAUCAAAAAAUGAAAGAGCACUUGAUAAAAACAAGAAAAACUCAAUAAUCAAAGAGGCUGUUUUAAAAUUAAACGAUACUGGUACUAAUUGUCUUAGUGAUAAUCUAGCAAGUACAUUGCUUAAAGAUACAUGUAAAUUUAGUAUUUGUGGUAAGAACUCGAAGAUUUUUGGCCACGGUUCGGUUGCUAAAGAUUUUAAAGAACUGAAUAUUAGCCAAGAGUCUAGACAAGCUAAGGAUGAUACCAGCAUUCAAGAUAAUUAUCAAGCUAGUAGUUUUCAACGAGCACGUAGUAAUACGAUGCCGAGUUUAAAAAGAGGGCCUGGUCCGGGUGGAGGUAGUAAUAGUCAAUCAGAAACAAAUGGUUCAACCGGUCAACCUUCGAGUUCAAACACAUGCUCAGUACAAGCAAGAAUAUCUCCACCUUCAUGCGAUGUCACGAUUGAUGAGCUUGCCAGCUACUUCGAGGAGUUUGUUCAUAUUCCAAAGAAGAUGUCACAUAUGGCAGAAAUGAUGUAUAUUUAACUAUAAUACGUUGAAUUAAAAUUGAAAGAUUUCUGAUACAGUUUUUCUAAGACUAGCAUGCGAUGUUUGUGCAUGAUCUCAAGUCUAAAAUGCUGUAUGUUUGCUACGAAUCUAAUUUAAUUUGGUACCUAAAUUAUACAUAAUAUGUAAUAAAAAGGAAAAAAACAAAAAAAAAAGAAAUCUGCGUUUUUGUAGAGGAAAAAAAGUAUUAGAAGUGACGAAAUUUAAACGUCGCUUCAGUAACAAGGACUAAAAAAGGGUAAAAAGGAACAUAAUGAUAAACGGGAAAAAAAAUGGAACCGCGUGACAUUUGUUUUCAAAAAUUGUUUGUGUUCAAUGUCGUUUAGUUUCGAAUGGAAGAAGGAAUACGUUUCUUUAUAAAAUUUUUGUAUUGCAAUGAAGAAAUAUUGGUACUAGAAUAAAUUUCUUGGACUUA